CGCAGGGAGGCGGGCGCCGCGCGGCCGGGGGAAGAGCCGGGCCCAGGCCGAGCGGAGGAGCUCCGGCAGCGGCGGCGGCGGCGGCCUCCCUCUCUCCUCUGCUCUCCCUCCACCGCCGCGGUUGCUCCGAGGGAGCGAGCGCGCACGCAGCCAGGCAGCCAGGCUCCGCCAGCAACAAGUGCGGAGGCAGGCGAGGGAGGGCGAAGGCUGACGUCAGCGAGCGGAGUAUUAUGGUCUGGGCUGGGCUGGCUGCCGCUGCUGCCGCCGCCGCUUUCCUGCUGCCCGCGGCCGAGUAAACAUGGAGCUCUCCGCCGUCGGCGAGAGGGUGUUCGCGGCCGAGGCCUUGCUCAAGAGACGCAUCCGCAAAGGUCGUAUGGAAUAUCUUGUGAAAUGGAAGGGCUGGUCUCAAAAAUACAGCACCUGGGAACCUGAGGAAAAUAUUCUAGAUGCACGUCUGCUUGCAGCUUUUGAGGAAAGGGAAAGAGAAAUGGAACUUUAUGGUCCUAAGAAACGAGGCCCCAAACCCAAAACGUUUUUGCUAAAGGCCCAGGCAAAAGCCAAAGCUAAGACCUAUGAAUUCCGUAGCGACUCUGCUAGGGGGAUCCGGGUGCCGUACCCAGGAAGGUCCCCCCAGGAGAUGGGCUCUACUUCCCGUGCUAGGGAAGGACUGAGGCAAAUCCCAUUGCCCCCUCAAAGCACCUCCGCCACUGCUACCACCAACACCUCCCGGGUAGAGACUAUCCAGGAAAACAGGAUUGGGGCAGAGGAAGACCGGUCUGAAGCAGCCUUUAAAAAGCGAGGCCCCAAGCCCAGGAAAGAGCUCUACAAAGACCUGCCUGAACCGGCUGACGUCACCUGCAAGCGGAAAUCGGUGGAACCAGGGGACAAGGCCGUGGUCGAUUACCUAAAGGCCAGAAAACUGGAAGAGGCAGCUAACCCGGGCACAGCCAAAUUCAGCUCAGGACACAGUGUGAUCCAGUUAGCUCGGAGACGGGAGCCUGAGUUACCCAGCGCUGUCUCCAGCCCCAGAGCAGAAGCUGGCAUUAAGCUGUGUGCACCUGAGGCCUACCCCCCCAGGCUAACAAAGCACAGGGCAGAUUUCCUGGAUCCGAAAGGGCAAAGUAGUUUGGACUUGGGCGCCCCUAAGAUCUUGCACAGCUCUGCCAGCCAAGGCGGCUUAUACCGAGAUGGUAUAGGGACCCAGGCCGGCAGGCCUUCUCUCAUUGCCCGCAUCCCUGUCUCCAGGAUCCUCGGUGACCCGGAAGAGGAAGCUUGGAGCCCAUCUCUCAACAACUUGGAGAAAGUGGUAGUCACUGAUGUGACGUCUAAUUUCUUGACAGUUACCAUUAAGGAGAGCAGCACAGACCAAGGGUUCUUCAAGGAAAAGCGAUGAAUUCCCUUUGAGAAGAGGAGGCAUCUAAAGGGUUUGGGGUAGAGGUUGUUGUCUGGUUCUGGAUUUUUGGUUUAUUGGACAGGAUUGGGGGAGGGGGAGGGGGGAACACCUGUCCUUAACUCAUUCAUUUAGUCCCUCACCACCAAUUUCAAUUUUGGUUGGAAAAAUUAUCUCUAGAGUUAUAUUUUCUAUUAGAUGUAAAUAUGUUAUUUAAAGAAAAAUACAUAUAUAUAUCUAUAUACAUAUAUAUUUCAACUCUAAGUUGUUGGUUUUUUAUUUAAGGCUCUUGGAGAAGGACAGUAAAAAAAACAGAACUGAUGUAUGUCUUACUUCAGUUGCAAGAGCAGGUGUAGAUAAUGAAUGACCUUAUUAGCUAAUUAUAACAUAUUGAUUUCAUUUUUUCUGGUUUGUUUGUUUUCCUUUUUUUUUACCCUGUCCCUUCCCCCAAAGAAGAUGAGGGCAAAUAGGGGGUAUUAUAUUCACCUGGGGGGACGAUAAAAGGUCUCCAGUUUCUUGAUUGUUAUAUUAUAAGGUGUUGCUUUGUACAAUCAAGUGUGCUGUAUACACAACUGUUCUAGCUGGGCAGCUGAAGUGAGCACUUGACUUUACAGUAUUGUCUUUCUUAUGUUUUGCUCCAGUUGUUUUUUUUAAGUUGUUGCUAUAAAAUGUGUCAAUUAAAAAAACAAAAAUCCGAAAGAUGUUUUAGCAAAGAAGUAUUAACUUGAAUUACCUUUUCUUGCAAGAGAAAAGGGGCUUUGUAUGUUUCAAGAUUCCGAAAAAGUGUAGCUGCUGUCAUGCACUUUAAAAUGACUUGUGGGGAGAAGGGGGUGGGGAGAAGUAACUGAGCUGAUAGUUUAGCUUAACUUGUUCUGGUCUUUCUUUCUUUCUUUCUUUCUUUCUUUCUUUCUUUCUUUCUUUCUUUCGUCCUUCCCUAGUCACUCCAAAAAAAGAAAAAUCUGUUUACAUUCCUUACAUGCCAGAAAAGUUGGGGAGGAAAGUAUCUCACUGCUCAUAUUUUAGGCAAUCCUGCUGUUACAUUGAAAGUAAACCUCCUCUCUCUCCCCCACCAACUUCCCCACAAUUGACCUUCUCCCCUGUUUGUUGGAUGGGUCUUUAAAAAGGUGUGUUAGGGAAGAUCUUUAUCUUCCUCAGAAAUGUUAAGCCUCCAUUAUAGAGGCUGAGAAAGCAGCUCCUCUUUAAAAGACACUUAAUUAGGGGCACAAGAUCAGUUACAAAGCAAACUGCCUGUUUAUAUGUGGCUUUCUUUCUCUUGUACUUUCUGGGAAGAAGUAUAUUCUGCUUUGCCCCCCCUUACCCCCAGUCCCACACGAGAUUCUUCUUCUUUCUGUGGUCAACAGUCAAGUAGUUAUUUUCACCUGCCAGUUUUAUGCUGAACAUAAACCCCUUUUUCCUGCUCCCUUGCAUAAAGCACUCUUGACAUUUGAAGAUUUGUAAAAUGCGUUGCAAUAUUCAGCUCCCUCCAGUUUUUUGUUUUUUUGGGGGGAAUGCAAAUUUGUUUCCUAACCCUGCGUUAGACCCUCCCACAUUAAGAGGGGAUGUGUGCAGAAUGGGAGGCUGGCUUUGCUCUCGUUUGUGUUUAGCAGGUGUUGUGGUGUCCCAAUAGAUAUUGAUUUAAGCAUCUCUUCUUGGUUCAAAAAGCACAAAUCUGUCUAGCAGUCUCCAAGGGCCUGGCAGGGGGGGUGAGUAGCCUUCUCUGUCUUUUCUCUGAAUGGCCUACUUGCUGGAACCUUUUAAAGCAUGCUCUAAUUUGGGGACGGCGCUGGGGAUGAAAGCACAUGUGGCAUAAUGAGACAUGGGGAGGACGAAGGUUGGGUGUAAGAAGGAAGCACAAGCAGGGCUGUUUUCCUUCUCUGGGAUCAGCUAGAAAUGUCUUGCUUCUUCACCCACCUCCUUGCUUCUGUUCAUUAUUUUGGAGGUUUCUUCCAAUGAAACAAAUGUGGGGAUUUUUGUUGGGACUGUACCGAGGGAAGUAAGUCAGGUUCUUGUUUUCUGUCCCCUCCUUUCUAAAAUGAAGCCAAUAUUGCAAACUCAGUUCAAAAACUUCAUGAAACAAACUGCAGAUGCGUUCAGUUCUCCUACAUGGGGUGGGUGGGGAAUAUGUAUGUCAGCUUUUUGUAUGUUGACAAAGGUUUCUGUAGUCCUGCUACAGAGGCUGGAGGGUUUGGGGUUGGGGAAAGGGUAGUGGCCAGGAGGAAUGCCUCUUGGGUUGAAAAUAGAUCACAAAUGCGGUCCCUACCUCCUCAGGUGUCAAAGGUGGCUCUGUGCCACUAACGGACGUGUGUCUCUCGAUGCACGCCCAUGGGUAUAUAAAAGCUAAACAUACAUGUGGGUGUAUAUGUGUAUGUACAUAGUUACAUAUAUUGAAUGUAUGUGUGUGUGAGUUAUUUAAUUCUCUUUGUAAAAAAAAAAAAGGAAAAGAAAAUACAAAACCUAUAAUCAUGGAUCUGGCCUAACAAGUCUCAGAAGUGAAGCUUAAGUAGGUGUCUUCGGCCAGUGUUGAAUGUCUAAUACAGUACCUGCUUUUUAUGUGAACUGAAAUAUAUAUACGACUUUGUAAAUAGA